AUGUCGACAACUCGCUUCGCGAACAAGGUGGUCUUGAUUACCGGAGCCGCGAGCGGGAUUGGUCGAAGCACGGCAAUCAAGCUCGCCUCUCAAGGAGUUGCCCUCGCGAUUUCCGACAUCAACGAGGCUGGCCUAGCCGAAACCAACACGCUCUGCGGCGGUCAUCAUUUGACAUCACUCCUGGACGUCGCCUCCUCCCAAGCCUGCGAUGCAUUCGUGGCCGAUGUCGUGCAGAAGCUGGGCCGGCUCGACAUGGUGUUCAACUGUGCCGGGGUGAACCCAACUGCCUUUGCAUUGACGGACACGACAGAUGCGUAUUGGGAUAAGCUUGUCGAUACGAAUCUGAAGGGAACUUAUAAUGUCACCCGCGCAAGCAUCCCACAUCUGCCCAAGGGCGGAAGCAUCGUGAACGUCAGCUCGACCAUGGGCGUUACAGCAGCAGCUGAGUAUGCAAUCUAUUGUGCUACAAAAUGGGCUAUCGUCGGCUUCACCAAAGCAAUGGCACUCGAGCUUGGGCCGAAAGGCAUCCGAGUCAAUGCGGUGGCGCCCGGAUAUAUCAAUACGCCCACCAACGCGGGCGUCGUUGAGGGACCUGCGGCAGUCAAGGCCCAGGAGGAGAGGAUCGCGCUUGGAAGGAUGGGCACGCCGGAGGAGGUUGCUGAUGUGGUUGCGUUUCUGUUCAGUGAGGAGGCACGGUACAUGACCGGCAGUAUUGUCGAUAUCACUGGUGGAAGAUGA